CUAAACGUAAUGUCAAACUAACAUCAUUCAUAAUUCAUAACUCUUUGAGGUUAUGGUUAUGUUGUUCUAAUACUUUCUCUAUUUUAUCACAUUUUAAAGUGAAAUAUAAAAGAAGAUACAAAAAUGGCUUUAAUGAAAACACUAUUGACUCGAUUCGUUUUGCCAACCUCGUCCAGAGCAACUGCCGUCAGAUUUUCAUCUACCGAAGCAAAAUUAACAACCUCUGAUGACAGCCCAGUGGAAAUGGAGAACCCUUACAAAAAGGAGCGUCGCCAGUGCAUUCUUUGUAAACUAAAUAUAAAACCCGACUACAAAAACUAUAGAUUACUGUCUCAAUUCCAGAGCCCUUACACGGGACGCAUUUACGGCCGACAUAUUACUGGUUUAUGUAAAGCUAAGCAAGAUUUGGUCGAAAAUGAGAUCAAGAAGGCACAGAACUGUGCUCUUAUGCCUUAUUACUAUAAAGAAAAGGUCUUCCUAAAGGAUCCUAAACUCUUUGACCCCGAAAAUCCCAUCCGAUCCCAUAGAUUCUAAGUUUUUGUAGCUGUAAAUAGUGUGUUGAUGUAGUAGUAAAGUUGUUAUUGCAAUAAAUUAUGUAUAAUA